AUUAAUAUAGAUUUAUUUUUUGCAUUUUAGUUUUCAAGAUUAUUUGUGACAAUUCAGAAACAUUGAAGUUUAAUUACUUUAUUUUGUUUCAUUUCUCAGGAUGUGAUCUUCGUGGUGGGAAGCUAAGUUUUUAAACUACCCCAAUGGAUGCAGACAGUGAUGUUGCAUUGGACAUUCUAAUUACAAAUGUAGUCUGUGUUUUUAGAACAAGAUGCCAUUUGAACUUAAGGAAGAUUGCUUUGGAGGGAGCAAAUGUAAUUUAUAAGCGUGAUGUUGGAAAAGUAUUAAUGAAACUUAGAAAACCUAGAAUUACAGCUACAAUUUGGUCCUCAGGAAAAAUUAUUUGCACUGGAGCAACAAGUGAAGAAGAAGCUAAAUUUGGUGCCAGACGUUUAGCCCGCAGUCUCCAGAAACUAGGUUUUCAGGUAAUAUUUACAGAUUUUAAGGUUGUUAACGUUUUAGCAGUGUGUAACAUGCCAUUUGAAAUCCGUUUGCCAGAGUUCACAAAGAACAAUAGACCUCAUGCCAGUUAUGAACCUGAACUUCAUCCUGCUGUGUGCUAUCGGAUAAAGUCUCUACGAGCCACAUUACAGAUUUUUUCAACGGGAAGUAUCACAGUAACAGGGCCCAAUGUAAAGGCUGUUGCUACUGCUGUGGAACAGAUUUACCCAUUUGUGUUUGAAAGCAGGAAAGAGAUUUUAUAAUUCAUCACUUAAUUGGUUAGAAUCCCUAACUGAGCACCUUUUAAAACCUGCUGCACAUUGGACUCUAAACAAAAGGAAACUGGACCAACAGUAAUUGAGGAAAUAGACUCUCUUAUUCAUUCACGGCUACAGUGUAAGCUCCAGUACCUUUGGAUUUUAUUUCAAACUUUGCUGUAAUAUAAAAAGGAAGUUUACAAGACAUGACAUUGCUGCUUUUACAGAAGGACAUUCUAUUUAUUUUCGCAGUAAUUCUCAUGUCCCCACAAGCAGAGCUGUCACAGUGUGCACUACCUUAAAUUGUUUUGUUGUUAUUUUUUUCCAGUUUGAGCUAAUGUGUUUUAUUUGUGAAUAGUCUUUUACAUUUUUGUAUGCUGAAUAUGGGCACCAAAGAACCUGUAAAAGUUAUCUUUUUCAAUUGAAUGUGCACAAAUAAAAGUUUGGAAAAGGUCUCUCUUCAUAUCCAUUCUAUAACUUUUAUUCCCCAUUUUCUAUUUUAAUAAAAAUUGUAUUCAUAAUUCUUUUUUUUAAAUCUAUGCAAGCUUAGACUUUUGCUAAAGUGUGUUGGCUUCUUUUUGAAGUGUAUUUUGUAAAUAUAUAUAUGCUACAUGUAUAUAGUAUCUUUUAAUGCUCUGUUACCAAAUAUCAAAUAGGAAUUUUUUUUUUCAGAUUAGAAAUAAAAAUGUGUAUAAAUUCCAGGGAACCAGAAUAGAACUUUAUAGAUUAAGGGUAAUGUUUUAUGUUGCUAAUUUAAUAUGAUAGAAAAUGUUUAAAUAUCUUUUAAAAGUUACAAAAUUGUAGUUUUCAAAAGAGAAACCUCUUACUUACAAGAUGGAUAUGAGAAAGAAGCUGUGAUGGGUUGUACCUCAUAUGUACCUUUGUAUUCUGGAAAGACUCACCUCUAGUUGUAGGAAAGUAAUAAUCUUAGGUUGGCACUCAAGGCUAUACUGAGAGUCUUAUCAAAAGGUGGUAUAUUGUGCUGUUUUAACAAAAAGUGUCCACAAGCUGCCUCUGUGCCAUGGUAUCAUUAUAAUCUAGUUCAACUUGAACCUGAAAGCCUUUUUGCAAGAUAUGUCUUUCCCCUUGCUGUGUCUUAUUUAAUGGACCUAAAGAGUGACUAUUGAGUAUAUAGGAUGGCUGCUCUUGAAGUUAUAAUAAAUAUGUAUUUGUGAAAUAGUGGCUCUCUGGCUCACCUCGAGCCCUGGAGUAGUGAUACAGAAUCAGCUGCCAUUGUGCGCUGCCACAUGUGUUUGGGAGUUUAGUAUAACCAACAGUGAUUUUAUCUAGAAAUAAGACCUAGUCCAGAAUCAAAUUAGCUUCUCAGUAGAGACAGUAUUCCAGCACAAUCUUCCCUGAAAACCUGAAUUUCCAAAAUAUUUUGAAACCUUUGUGAAAAAUUGCAACAUCUAACCUCCAUAUUCUAGAACAUUUUCCUUACCAUGUUAUAAAAUCUUGAAAACUUGGUUUAAGCACUGCACUGAACAAUACAUAUUAUUUAAUUUUUAUCUUCUCGAUGCCUUCCCCUGCCCUGCCUCUCACUCCCUCAUAAGCAGGGGGCAAAGGCUAACUUUUAUAUUUUCUUUGUGAAAAACUUAAUUGUGGUUGUCAGACUUAUGUUCUCUCUUUUUUUUUAACAUUUGUGUUUAUUUGCUUCAUUUAAAGUUCUAGUAGGAUAUAGAUAACCUCAUAAAAUAGAGAAUAAAAUUCAAUGAAAAAGUUC